AUGGGCGCCAUGUUGCAGGGUAGCGCCCACAAGGCGACAGACGCGAUGGCCGCAACGGCGUCAGUGGACCGCAAAGUGACGUCCAAGAAGGGCGUGGGCUUGGCACCGUCCAUGGGUUAUGACGCCACCCAGCUGCAUGCCCUGAACGUCUCCUGGUUCUACUCCUGGAGUUUGAAACCGAAGAUUACUGUACCCGAAGGAGUGGAGUUCGUGCCCAUUGUGGCCAGGGAGAAGCACUUGCAGUGGAGUCCUGCUGCGGGAUGCCAUGAGCUUCUAGGUUUUAAUGAACCUGAUCAUGCAAACCAAGCCAACCUGAGCGUCAGCGAAGCUUUGGCCCUCUGGCCCCAAGUCGUGGCAAAGGUUCCAAGUGGAGGCCGCUUGGGAUCCCCGGCCAUGGCGGGAAACCCGGUCACUGGCUCCUGGUUCCCAGAGUUCAUGGCAGCUUCACCCCAGAUGGAUUUCAUUGCAGUGCAUUGGUACAAGGGGGCAAGACCGGAGAAGUUCAUCAGCGAUAUUCAGGAGGUCAUUGACACCUACCAGAAACCCCUGUGGAUCACAGAGUUUGCCCCGCAGACCAUCAAGCAGAGCGAAGAAAAACCGAACAGAUGGAGUCAAGAGGAGGUGGACGCUUUCAUCUACCAGGUUGUGGCUUGGAUGGAAGGCCAUCCCCAGAUCGAGCGCUAUGCCUGGCACGACUCCAAGUCUAGCAGCAGCUGUUUGUUUGACGCCACUGGACGUCUCAGCGCUACCGGCCGGGCCUAUGCGGCUGCGGGUCCACCUCAGUCAGCCAUGGGCGCGGCUUGUGCAACAGAAACCUUAAGCCUGCCGCUGGCCAUUGCGCAAAGACAAGAUGAAUUGUGUCAUCGUUUGGACCGCCUCAACUUGAGCGAAAGCCUGGCACAGGAGGCCGCACGACGAGCGCGCCUGCAGGCCUUGGCCUUUGAUCAACUGCUGUCUCUGCCGGAGCUGUCGCGGCAGCUGUGCCUCUUCUGGGGCCUCAAAACCAGCAGGGCCUUUGCGGCCCUGGCGCGGAGCAGUGGAAGCCAAGUGCGUCGCCUGGUCCCUUCGCUUCACCGCGACGCGCGGCCGGACUUCCACGUGCUGGGUGGAUGCCUGGCAACCACGGAGCUGGCCAGCUCUCAGCACUACAACCAGGGCACAGGUUCCUGGAAACUUCUCCCUCCGAUGCCCACGGAACGGCGCUGGUGUGCGGGUGCCGCUUUGCGGGGGCAGCUCUAUGUCAUCGGGGGGCAACAAGAAGGACACGUGCUGUGCACCGCGGAGCGCUUUGAUGUGGACGCAGGCCGCUGGGAAAGCCUGCCAGACAUGCCCACCUGUCGCGAAGCUUGUGCGGUGGCUGCUUGCGGCUCGUAUGUUUAUGUACUGGGUGGCUGUCAACAUCAUGUACCCUUGUCUUCUGCUGAGCGGCUGGAUGUUGAACAUCUUCACUGGGAAACCUUGCAAGACAUGCCUUGCAGUCGCGAUGCUUGUUGUUCCACGUCCCUCGGAGGUCGAAUUUACGUAAUGGGUGGCCGCAGCAGUGGCCAUUUCCUCUCCUCCGCCGACAUGUUGAGGCCUAGCCAUGGAAGUCCAGCCAAGUGUCGCUGGUCGCGGCUGCCUCAUAUGCCAACUGCUCGCCUCGGUUGUUUCGCGGCUGCUGCUGGGUCCUCAGUCUACGUUGCUGGGGGUCAUGCUGGUGGAGGACGUGCGUUGGCGAUUAUCGAACGCUUUGAUGUGGCAGAAUACACCUGGGAGCUAUUGACAGAAAUGCCGUCAGCCAGACUGGGGGCUGUCAGCUUGUGUUGGCAACCUUCCCAGAUGGUGGGAUGCAAAGUGCAUAUCUACAUCUUUGGUGGUCAUGAUGGCCAGGGAGCCAUGGAUGUGGCUGAGCGGCUCCAGCUGGAUAGCGAUGGCAUUUCCAACCCAAAAUGGGAGACCUUGCCCCCACUGAUCACGCCCUGCUAUGCCUGUGCAGGGGCAGUAUUGGCCUGGUAAAGAUGUGCAGCCGAGUUCUAUUGGGCCAGAUUUGGCUAGAUGCUGAAGAGUCUCUGGUGCCAGUGGGGCCUCUCAACCAGGUGCUCAUCUCAGCAUUCUAAUGUGGGUGCGUGCAAGAAAGACAUUGCUUUCAAGCCAAAGGCAAGACGUCGCCAGACAGCUAGAGGUUUGGACAAGCCAUUAAACUUGGUGUGCGGUGGGAUGCAGUGGGCAUUGUUAGGGGAGACCCGAGAACACGAUCAUCGCUAUCCACAGCUUUUUGCGAUGAGCGAAUGGUGCACGUGUUUGAGACGGCCUCAGGCUUGCCCGCAAUUGGCAAACUACCGAGCUUCGCUGAAAUAUGACUCAUAUAAUCUUAUAUAUUUUGUACUGCUGCCCUUAUGUCCAACGGGUUGCGUAGUGCAUUCUCAUAGUGCUGAUCAGGAUCAGCAAGAGUAACAGGGACAAGAUGCCUCAGAGAUUCAGAAGGUGCACUAUGUAUGGGAAUGCUGGUUGACAGCAGGUUUCAGAAGUGCGGGUUCUGCAGGAAAAGAAGAACGAAGCUGCAACUCCAAUCAUGGAGAGAGGGACCUAGGGAUGCCAUCAGCAACUUGCUGCAGAGCAAGAGGAUCAGCCACAGACCAAAAAGAGCUUGAAAGACUACAGAAGACAGGAGGCGGUUCCAAAUAUUCUUCCCUUCCGAGGGUUGAAACAGGAUGGCGGUGUGAAA